AUGACAGAGACAUUGAAUGUCAUAGUCAAUAACGGAUCAAGUGUAGGCGCUUAUACACUUGAUCUGAUUGCGCCUCCGAAGUUGACUUCGGAGAUCACUCAGUUGCCAACGCUCGAACAUAAAAGGUUCUUGCGUGAUCUGCGUAGUGGCAAAGUCAAGCAGAUCUGCAUACUCGUCGCUGACGACGAGUGUGUAGCCGACAUAAGGUCAGCAACAGUGUUUACUGAGAACGAGAGAGUUCUCAGUAGUUCAUCUAUGGACGAGAGUGUCCUAGAUGAAAAGACACGAAUUGAGCGAUAUGACUCCCAAUCGUGGGAAUCGCUCAAGAAAAAAUCUCUCUAUGAAGAUUUGGUUGAAUUCAAGGAUGUAUUUCCUGAAACUGUUCCGUGCGAAUUACCGAAGGAUGAAGGUAUUCGACACGAGGUCGAGCUUAAACCAGGCUCGAAGUACUGUGUCAUGAAGCAGUGGCCACUGUCUCGUGAACGAGUACUUGCGAUCGACAAGUUCUUUGCCGAUCGUUUAGCUGCGGGUCAUGUGAGGGAAUCAACUUCCCCACAUAGCUCUUCGACCUUCUGUGUGCGAAAAGCAACAGGAGGGUGGCGGAUAGUGCAUGCAUUUAACAAAUUGAACGCUGCAACGGUACCGGCUCAGACGCCGAUACCAAGGAAGGACGUAAUCAUUGAUGGUAUGUCAAAGAGCACCAUCUUUUCGUCCAUGGAUUUGAUGGAUGGCUUCUAUCAGAUCUUUAUGCGGGAACGAGAUAUACCCUAUACCGCAGUUAGCACGCCUAGCGGCAUGCUCUGGUAA